AUGGAGGACCCGGUUGACCCAGUUGACCUUGCUGACCCUGCGUUUGCUGACCACGCAGAUUUUGAGAUGGCGUUCGAUGACCCGGAGCCUGCCAUAGCCCCCGAGCCGGUAGCCGCUCCUAACCCUGUGUUUGAGCAUGACCCUAUUCAUGCUGGCAUACCUAUUGUUGACCCUGUGAUUGCUGAUCUACCCGCUGAUGAUCACCCUGUUGAUGCUCCACUACUGGAGGGCGAUCAUGUUGUUGCUGCAGCUCAGGCUGAUGCCCCUCUCAUCGCUGAUGUACCUGUUGACCCUAUUGUAGCUCCCCUACCUGAUCCUGUUCCCCUGGAGCCCGAUCAUGCGCUAUUCGCGACCCAUAUUGAUCCCCGUUAUGCGCACACCCAGAAUGGGUGGAUUGACGUUGACGAUGAGCUCCCACCUUUUCCCCCACAUACCACCGAUGCACGUCACAUGGAUUUCCCUUUUCCGUUCGCUCAGUUCACACCUCCAGCACGACCUGGAGAGGGUUCCUCGGCUCAUCCCUUUGGACAUGUGCCGACAUCUAUCCUAGUUGUACCACAGUUUUCUACUGCUAUUCCCCCUGUUCCACCAUUUUCUGUGCCACCUUUUGCCCCAGCGAGUGAGCCAUUCCUUUGGACGUUACCACCUAUUAUGCCGCCAUCCGACCCCUACCAUCCUUUCCAUAUGGGGUAUUCUAUUGAGGACGUUCUUAUGUCGAUUGUUGUCCAGCAGGAGCCCUUAGUCGAUGAUGGUGUGUGA